AUUGGUUCGUCCUGUGAUUGUAUGUAAAUCGGAUCGGGACGCAGCCAGUAGGUGAGGUUGGAGCUGGUGGCUGGUGCCUCAGUGGCACAGGAGACAAGAGAGUGAGGUUAGACCGCUGCUUCUAACGGAGCUGUCCACUCCUCCGGUGGUGCUGUGCUGAAAAUCAGGGAUUCAGUCUUUAUACAAAAUGGUUGAUGGUAUUCGAAAAGGAUUUACAGACUACCCGUUUAUAAACUUAUUCUAAGGUAUAUUGUGUGGAUGUCUAGUUACAAACGGUGGAUUUCAUCUGACCCAUUUGAUAUAUAGUUGUUGUGAACUACAGUUUUUUUUCCUAAUCUCGUGCGGAUUAUCCUUCUGGAUGGUUUGCGUCUGGACAUACAGGAUCAGACCAAUGAAGACACCCAGAUGCUGCUCGCUGGCAUUCUUGUUGGGAAUGGUCUCCCUCGGAGUGGGAGUGGGAGUCGUCGAGGGGAGGCCCGGCAAGGAGGAGGGAUUCGUGCCUCCACCCUAUCCACCUGUCGUGAGGUUCCGACACAAGCAGGAUGGGAUCCCAGGGAGUUUGCGGAUAAAGGGGUUUUUGGGCCAUAACAAUGGCUUCCAGAGUCCUUGUGAGCACAAGUACUGUGGCCUGGGGCGUCACUGUGUGGUCAACCAUGAGAGCAGUCAAGGGGAGUGCAUCUGUCUGGACCGCUGUAAACCACACUACAAGGAAGUGUGUGGCUCGGACGGCAAGCUGUACCAGAACCACUGUGAGCUCCACCGGGCCUCCUGUCUGGGUGCACAGAGGAUAACCAUCAUGCACAGCGAGGAAUGCUUCUACAAAGAUGACAACUGCAGACUGAGUGACUACAAGAGGCUGAAGACCAAGAUUCUGGACAUGUAUGACCAGAGAUACAUGGCAACCGGCAACCAGGGAAGCCAUAAAAAUAACAUGGCCACCAGGAAGAAACUGGUCGAUGUUGUGUUUAAGCGCUUCGACGCCGAUGGUAGCAGGAGAGUAGACAGUAGUGAACUAUCACAGGUCAUCAAGCAGGAAGGUCUGUUCAAGGAGGUCUCUGAGUGCACCCUGUUUGACCUUCUCAAAUACAACGACAUCAACGACGACGAGCACCUAGCAAAGGACGAGUUCUAUACAGCUUUUGAAGUGUUCCAGCUCACCCUGCCAGAUGACCAGAAAUUGAGCAUCACCACGGUAACCGUUGGCCAGAGUGCCGUCUUGACUUGCGCAAUCAAGGGGGAGCAGAGACCUCCCAUCAUCUGGAAACGCAACAAUCAGGUCCUCAACUCUCUGGAUCUGGAGGACAUCAAUAUUCCGACACAGGAUUUCGGAGAUGAUGGCUCAUUGUAUGUCACCAAGGUGACCACCACCCAUAUGGGGAACUACAGCUGCCAUGCCGACGGGUACGAGCAGCUCUCGCAGACGCACAUGCUUCAGGUGAACGUUCCUCCCGUCAUCCGAGUCUACCCAGAGAGCCAGGCCCGGGAGCCAGGGGUGACGGCCAGUCUCCGGUGCCAUGCUGAGGGUAUCCCUAACCCACAACUGGCAUGGCUGAAGAAUGGCAUGGACAUCGCUACCAAGCUGUCUAAGCAGCUCACCCUGCAAGCUAACGGAAGCGAGGUGCACAUCAGCAACGUCCACUUCGAGGACACGGGGGCAUACAGCUGCAUUGCCAAAAACGACGCCGGGGUGGACGAGGACAUCUCAUCUCUGUUUGUGGAGGACUCAGCGCGCAAGACCCUGGCAAACAUUCUGUGGAGAGAGGAAGGUCUUGGAAUUGCCAAUAUGUUCUAUGUGUUUUACGAGGAUGGUAUCAAAGUCAUCCAGCCAGUGGCAUGUGAGAUCCAGAGACACAUAAAGCCCAGCGAGAAGCUACUGGGACUUCAGGCUGAGGUUUGCCCCAAGUCAGCGGGGGAGGCCGAGCAGAAGUGUGUGUGGUCAUCGGCAGUCAACGUGAAGGACAAAUUUAUUUAUGUUACACAGCCAACCUUGGCCAGGGUGCUUGUCGUCGACAUUACAGCUCAGAAGGCUGUCCAGACGGUGAGCACCGACCCUUACCCAGUGAAGCUGCACUAUGACAAAUCCCAUGACCAGGUGUGGGUCCUCAGCUGGGGAGACAUGGAGAGGAACUUCCCCACUCUGCAGGUGAUCAAUCAGGCCAGCGGGAGUGUGUCCCACCAUACCGUCCACACCCAGCCAGUCGACAGACACUUUGAUAGGGUGGAUGAUUUCUUCAUUCCUGCCGCUAGCCUCAUCAUUAAUCACAUCAGAUUUGGAAUCGUUCUCCACAGAAAUGAACCGGCACUCCACAAGAUCAACUUGGAGACCACGUCGUCAGUGAAGAAUAUCAGCCUGCGCGAGUACAACUGCAUCCCCAAGUCUCUGGCUUACUCCCACCUUGGCGGCUACUACUUUGUCAACUGCAGGCCUGAUUCCACAGGCGCCACCCAACCCCAGCUCAUCGUGGACAGUGUGACAGACUCUGUGAUUGGACCCAACGGGGACGUCACCGGCACCCCGUAUGUGUCCCCGGACAGUCACUACCUGGUCACGGUGGACGACCACGAUGGCCUGAUGAGGAUCCAGCAGAUCACGGUGCGCGGGGAGAUUGGCAAACCCUUCGACAUCCACACCAACCUCCACCUGUCUGACGUGGCCUUCCAGCCGUCGUUCACCGAGGUUCACCAGUACAACAUCUUUGGUACUUCGGGACGCCAAACGGACUCUCUGUACGUCGAGCUGAGCACAGGCAAUGUGAAGAUGAUCAAGAGCCUGAAGGAGGCCACCAAGACUUCCGAUUGGCCUUGGAGCAGUAGGAACCGCGUGAUGACUGGCAGUGGGCUUUUCGGACAGUACCUCAUGACCCCGUCCAGAGAGUCUAUCUUCAUCCUGGAUGGUCGUCUCAACAAGCUCAACUGCGAGAUCACUGAUGUCAUCAAAGGCAAUGUAGUGGCGUGGGUUGGCGAGUCGUAGGCCGGUCUGUGUUCAGACGCAUCCUAUGUUAUUAUUAAGGUAAAGUUGCACUGAAUUUUGUUGCAGAUAUAUAAUUUAUUGGGUGUGACGAAAAAAGUAAGACAUUUUCAAAGCCAGAAUUGACUGUUCAAAACCGUUUGGAUGCUGGGAACUUCAUUCCAAAAAAUAGGGAGCGAUUUGUUGGUGUUGUUUGCUAGCCGAGUUGAAAUCUUGGCUUUCAACUGGGUGGUUCCACAUGUAGUCAACAUCAAGUUGCUCUCCAAGAUCUUCUAGAGGAUCUCUGUUAAAAUUAGACAAAUUAUCUGCAUAUUAGACUUUUUUUGAUUGCAAGUCUCACAUACUUCAAUUGGCUAGAUGUUUUUCAAUAAUCACUGGUGUUUCUCUAAAACGAGACAGAAAAUAUUUCUAGAUUGUCCUCCUUUGUUUCAUUUACCCCCUUUCCCUCUUUUUUUUCCUGUGCCUUGAAGGAAAACACUCCAAAAGAGGAAUUAACCUAAUUGUUCCCGUUGCGGCUGCAGAUUACAUCUUUUUGUCUUUGACCCUUCUUCAUGGUGAGAGAUGCUCCAAAAAUCCAUGUUUUUCAAAUUUUCUUCAUCUCGGACUGACAUGGAGCCCAUUCUGGGCUAAUUAAAACAAGCUCUUGCUGAGAUCCAGUCUCAUCUGAAGUGGAGACAGAGAGAUUGAGUUGUCCAUUAUGAUGUAGUGCUGCUUGGUCACCGUUGAUCUCAAAGAGUCAUCAACAGAGCAAAUGGUCUAUUUUGUCCAACAACCCAAGUCUCAACGACAAUGUUAAUAAAUUGAUCCAUCUUGAUAUUUGUGGGAUAAAUUAAUUAAAGUUUCCCACUUUGUGUCACAAUGUCAGUGUGUGUAUGUCAAUUUGAAGAAUACCCUGGCCCAAAAGGUGUCAUACUAUAUAUGAUAUAUAUACUUGCAUAUUGUCAGUCAAUUUUGGCAAUGUGUAACAAUUAUUUAAUAAUGAAAGAAAUAUACAUUUGUUUAGUUGGAAGUGGGCUUUUGUGGUUGUAGAGCAUAGAGGGCCUUGAGCUGUAUGAGUCUAAUGAGUAUACAAUAUAUAGAGAGAGACAGUAAAGAGAGAAUAGAGACAGUAGAGAGAGACCUGGGUUUAUAAGCUUAAAAUGCGAGUCACAUUUCUUUUAAAAUCUUACAAGGCAGAGCACAGUUGGAUGAAUCAGUUGUACCUAUGUAACCUGACAAGUACAUGGCCCGUUGUGCUUAGGACACAAAAUUGUUUCCUCGAAGUACACCUUCUAUGCAUUUUCACCAUAGCACUCUAACACAAACACAAUGAAGAAUAUGUUAAUCCAGUAUUUUUUGAUUCAAAUGUUCGACACUUGGUUGUCUUAUGGACAUUCCUGUUUUAUGUUCCAAUUAAUGAGACAUUUAAUACAUUUUGAUGUUUUGUUUUAUUUGGUCAAUUCAAUUUCAGUUCAUUUAAAUAUUUUUUUCUUAUCACAUUUUGUUUGGUGUUGUCCCUUGAUACCCAUAGGACUGUACUGAUUACCUCUGACUUUUCUUAUUGUGUUCUUUAUAUAGAAGCAGAGUUGAAUGAGUUCCUUAACAUGGUAUGUUUCACAACUUUGAGGGCUUUGUUCGUUAUUUCGAGUGUAUACGCACCCUCCUUUUUAAAAAUGAAAAGAGCACCAUGGUCAUCUCGCUAUAGAUGAGGUAAAGGAGACAAUGGAACGCAGACUGUUCCAUUGACCAGAUUGGCGCACAUUCAAUAGAUCUGAUUGAACAAAGUGGAUAUUCGUCAGAACCGUCAUGAUUUGUGUAUUGUAAACAGGCCCACAAUGUGCUUACUUAUGUCCGAUUUUCAGGUUUAGAAGAAGAGACUUCUAAAUAAUAACUCCCGUUCGUUGAUGGUAGUCAACGUUGUUUUUUAGCUGUAAAUGCAGUUGAUUGGUGACGAUGACAUUAACAUGUGUAGGGGUUGACAUCCAUACAAGCAUUAUAAUCCGAUUUUUACUUCAACAUAGUGUGAAAUACACAUUUAAACAAUAGCCUAAAUGUAGACUAAUUUUGCUGGGGGGCAAUGAGGCGACUCGGGAUCUUUCCCCCAUUGCCCUUUCCCCCACUCAUUUCCAACGCAAUUCCAUUGUUUUGUUUGAUUUCCCUUGACCCCUUUACCGCAUCUAUCCUUGACCAAGUACAUUUUGAUGUCACCCACUGAAACGUCAUCAUUUCCAUUAUAGCCAUGUACUGUUUGUUGAUUCAUGUGGUCGUUAUUUAUGUAGAGAAUACACGCUUGACAUUUUACCUGAAAAUAAAGUAUAUACCUUUGAAAAUACCAUAUAAAAUGCCAGAAUCUCCUCUUCUGUGGAAAAUGUGUUUCAAACAUGGUUUCAGACCAAAUAUCAAUGCCCUUGAAAAACCAAGUUCAACACAGUUCAGCCUCUUCAGUUCUGCUGCUCACAUUUACACAUUCAGCAAAUAUGAACAUACAGUAUCCUUCUCAAAUAUCUAUUUGAAAGAGCUUUGGAAAAGUAAUUUAAUUUGAAUGACCCUUAUAUUGAUUCAGCAGUUUUUGUCACUCUUAUGAAACUAAUUCCACACCCAAUCUUGUCUGCUUGAGAUUAAGGGAGACCCACACAAUGUGUGUGCUCAUUCAUAACUUCUUGAUGGGCACUUCACAUAACCAUGAUCUUAUAAGAAAAAUGCAAUCAUCAUUAGAUAUUGCAACAGCUGAGUACAUAGAGUUCUUAAAGGGGUGCUGAACUUCCUGAUUUGGCCUCGUUUUUUGGCUUAGUCAUUAAGAUAUGCAGAGGCCAUGGCUGAAGCCAAACAAGAGUUGUCCUGGAGGGGUGGUUUAUUGUGGGUGUCUUGUGUGUGUUUGACCGUGGUAAGCGUUUGUACAUUCACUCUGCCAAAACAAUGCACAGUUAUAGUCACUCACCCUUCUUUCAGCUACUAAGACAAAAUUGUUUUGACAUUGGAUAUCCUAGCUCUGGGGAUAGUUAGGGAAUUUCAAUAAAUUACACUAUGUAAAUGUGACAAUAUAUUCAUGUUGCACAACUUUUAGUUGUCUCAUUAAAUGAUUUUAAUAUUUGCAUAUGAAUUUCUACAAUGUAUAGUUGGUUGAGGUUUUUAAGUCAUUGAAACGUGGAGCUAUUGACAUUUUUUUAUAUUCUCCCAUGUACAUUAUGUAAUUUACUGAUGGUCCCUAACUUUCCCCAUAAGGAUAUCAAAUGUCAAACCAAAUUGACCAUGGACAUUAAGAUAGGGUGGAGUGUAGCUGCUCUCCAAAUUGAAUAUUACUUGGGUGUUGUCAGCGGUUGUCACGUGGGCAGGAUUAAAAUAAACCCAACCCAAGGAAAAUGGUUAAGAUAUCCUUCAUUUCGUGACAUAACAUCCUAUCAUCUCGCAAAUGUCUGUUUUGGACGAGACUGUCUUUAUGACCCAAAUUAUCCUAUUUACACUUUGUAGAACAUUUUGACACAAGAAUAAUGUUUAUUGCUCAUAUUGAUGCCACAUAGGCCAUUUUCAAAACAAGUUGUUUUUUAGAGGCAGUCGCUCUUUAAUAAUAAAAAAAUGAUGAUUAAAAGUAGGCAAGACUUGUAAUUGCAUAUGAAGCAAGUAACUAUCAGAGAAUGAGCACCGGACUGAACUGCAGUCAAAUAGAGAAAGGGAAUUUAUUAGAAACAGAAGAACAUUAUCAUAAUGGAGAGUGACAGCUGUAAAUAGAGCCAUUGUUUUUCCCCCCUCUCUUGCCCAGGAGUCCUGUACUACUAGCAUUAUGCCAGUCACUAACAUUUAUUUGAGAUAUUACGUUAGAUAUUACAUUAAGAAGUACAUAGUGUGCCAUCUAGCCCUACCCAAUAGACAGCUAGCUUGCUCAGGGACAUCCACGUUCAUCAUAUACAGUGCCUUCAGAAAGUGUUCAUACCCCUCUACUU